AUGCGACAGGGCACCCGCGCGAUCCACAUCGCGGCCCGGCAGGGCCACGUAGCAGCCGUCCAGGCCCUGCUGCGCGUCCCCGGCGUCGACGCGCUUGGCCCCACAAAGCGAGCCGAGACCCCGCUCUUCUUCGCCUGCAGGGACAACCGGCCGGCGGUGGUGGCACUGCUGACGGACCCGACGCGCCGCGAGCGCUUCCGCCAACGCCAACACGAGCGCCCGCCCACCGCGCCCUCCACCGCCGCGUCGCCGGACGAGGCCGCCGCCGCGGCGGCAGCGACAGCACCACCAGCGGUCGCGGACGGCGAGGACGACGAGGAGGGCCGCCGGCUGCAGCGCCGCUGGGCCGACUGCGCGACCGGCUGCGUGCCCGUCGCCGCGACGCGCGGCAAUCUCGAAAUCCUCGAGCUGCUGCUCGCCGCCGGCGCCGACCCCGACGGCCCGCCCGGCGGCGGCAUCCCGCGGCCGCCGCUGCAGCUCGCCUGCGAGAACGGCCACGCGAGGGUGGUGCGGCUGCUGCUCGACGCGGGCGCCCGCGUGCCAGAGGGCGGGCUGGAGGGCUGGACCCUCUGCCUGCGGCUGGUCCGCGAGUGCCUCGCGCUGUGGCAGGCGGACAUCGCGGCGCUGCGGGAGGCGGCGGCGGUGGGGCCGGCGCUGCAGCAGCUGGUGGUUGACGCGGCGGGGGCGCUCAAGGAGUUGCAGGAGACGCGGCGCGGCGGCGGCGGCGGCGGCGGCGACGGCAGCUUUGGCAGCGGCGGCAGCGGCGGCGGGCGUGGCGGCAGCGACGGCAGCAGCCGUGAUGGCGAAGCGCCCUGGGCGGAAGAGGCAGAGGCUGAUGGUGCGGGGCAGGCGCAGCAGCUGCGCCCCGAGCAGCUGCCCGAACCACCCCAGGGCAGCGCAGAGGGUCAGGAGUUUGCCUCACCUUCAGAGGCGGAGGCGCCGUGGGCAGCAGCGUCUGCUGUGCCGGGCGCCGAGCAGGACGGCGCGGCGGCGGCGGCGCACGCCGAGGCGCGCAGCGCAGGCGGGGCCGCCUCGCCGGAGGCGGCGGAGGCGGCUGCGGAGCCGCCGGCAGGUGGCGCGGACGGCGACGCGGCGGCGGGAGCGAGAGCGAGAGCGGGGACCGAAGGCUUGGCAGCCACUUCAGAAGAAGCGGCACCAAAGGAGGGUGCAAGCGCAUCGAUCGAGGCGCAGCAGGCGGCGGCACCCGCGGCGCAUCCCGAAGGGCGGGGCGGCGCGAGCGACGCAGCUGCGUCGGAGCAGGCGGCGCCGCCGGGGGCCGCCGUCGCCGAGGCGGUCGGCCCCGACGGGGCCGGGACGGCGGCAGGGGCGCAGGCGCAGCCGGAGCAGGGCGGUGAUGCGGAUGCGCCGGCGAGGGAGGAGGCUGCGGCCGCGGAGGGCGCGGCGGCCGAGGAUGCGGAGGAGCAGUGGUGGGAGCCCAGCGGCUCGCAGGCCGCGUGGGCGGCCGAGGCUGCCUUCGAGGCGGAGGCCCCGUUUGCGUCGGCGGAGGUCGCGGCCACCGUAGUGCAGCGGAUUGCCUCUCAGGGGUCAUCUGCAGGGGGCGCGGCGGCGCCGGCGACAGCACCGGAGCCGGCGCGAGGGCCCGAGCCGUCCCAGCCGCACGCGGGCGCGGCGGCCUCGUUGCUAGAUAUCCAAGCGUCGGAGCCCGGACCGGUCACGCCAGGGCCGAUGCUGGCUCCAGAAUGGGGCAAGGCGGCUGCGGGCGAGGAGGUCGGGGACGCAGAUGGUCUGCGGCCCUCACAGCAGACCAGUUUGGGGCAGGCGGUCGAGGCGGCGGCCGACGCGCUGACUCAGCAGCAGGGCCACGAGCGUGGUAGCAGCUCCGGCGGCGCCGCGGUGGCGGCAUCACAGGAGAAGCCAGCCAGCGAGGCCGGGCGGACGCGCCAGGGAUACGGCGGGGAAGGGUGGUUUGAGCUGGAGGGGGCCCAGCGGCCCGGCUUCGAGGCGGCAACCGAAACGGGGGAUGGCCAGGGCCCGGCUGUCACGCAGGGCGAGGCGGGCGGGGCGGCUGAAGGGGGUGAGCUGUCCCCACGGCGCCAGCCGGAGGUGGGCAAGACGGCAGCCGCAGCCGGUGGCGGCGAGCGGGAUCCGCACGGCGGCGAUCAGGCGCAGCAGCAGUGGGACCCGUGGGACCCUGCGCAGGCGGAGCCGCACGCCGCGCCGCCGGCUGCUGAGGGGACGGCGGGGCCAGCGCAAGACAGGCGUGUGCCGCCGCAGCAGUUGGCGGCGGAGCCCGACGUGGCGUCGACGCUUGCGCCGCCGCAGCGGCCGGCUGAGUGGGGGGACUGGCGAGAGGCGCCUCGGACUGACACGGCUGGCGGCGGUGUGUAG